AAACAAGGAAAGAUCAAUGGAAAGCACUGGAAAUCAAUAGUCGAAUAAUCCAUGGAAGCUGAAAAGCAAACAGUGGAAACCCCGGGAAACUACUGGAAUCUUCUCUCCCCUGUUCUAUAAGUACAGGAUUAGUGCCGCUCCUCUGCAACGUUGAAAAAGAUUUCCAAGUUCCAGUCAAGACUUCUCUGCAAUUCGAUCCUAAGCAAAGAAAAAGAAACCAGCGACAAUGUCAAUCAUUCCAAGCUUCUUUGGUGGCCGCCGUGAUCCCUUCGCAAUGGAUAUCUGGGAUCCAUUCAAUUUCAAUGACUUCUCCUUCUCAACUUCCCUUUCUGUUCCUCGCCCCCAAUUCUCUAACGAGACUGCAGCAUUCGUCAAUGCCCGAAUUGAUUGGAAGGAGACCCCAGAAGCUCACAUCUUCAAAGCUGAUCUCCCUGGGUUGAAAAAGGAAGAAGUGAAGGUGGAAGUGGAAGAGGGAAGAGUAGUUCAGAUCAGUGGAGAGAGGAGCAAAGAGAAUGAAGAGAAGAACGACCAGUGGCACCGAAUUGAGCGUAGCAGUGGCAAGUUCUUGAGGAGGUUCAGGUUGCCUGAGAAUGCGAAGAUGGAUCAGGUGAAGGCUGCUAUGGAGAAUGGAGUGCUUACUGUUACUGUUCCUAAAGAAGAAGUGAAGAAACCAGAGGUCAAAGCCAUUGAAAUCUCCACCUAGAAAGUCCUAUUCCGGUUUCACCUUUAUGAUGCUCUGAUAGCCAUACAGAGCUGAUCUCUGAUGAAAUAAUUUGAGCUUAUAAACCUUUUUAAGUAUAGAUUUUUGGAGAAUUCGUCCUUUAUAUUGUAACUUAGUCUGUACUUUGUAAAGAAAAUGUUCGAUAUGUAAUAAGAAGUUGAAUUGUAACAAUUGUGAUAA